UCAAGAAUAAGGAAGGGCAAAGGCACUAACAUAUGAAUCAAGCCCUAAUAUAAAGCCGCCGAAGACUGAAUGCAGCAUCGCAACCCAUAAGAUAUCCCCGCACUUCACGAUCUGGACGUUUGAUCGAUAGUUACACUGGGCAAUGUGUCACCACAAUGGAGAGGACAGCAUGGCAAACAGGUUUCUCUUAAGUGCCUAAAAUCUUAUUCUGGGUCUCAGUGGAGAAGAAUUCGAUUAUGUCAAGUUUGCGGCGAUGCGAACUCUGGGGACUUAGCGGUUGGUGAUUGUCGUAGCCGCAGACUCGUUUGGAACUGGCCUUCCAAUUCUUUUAAGGCCGAUACAACGUAUUGAAUUCUAGGGUUUUAGUAAAAUUUUAGAGGAGUUUGGUUAGCCUUUGAGGAGGUUUUAGUCAUGGGCACUACAGCGAUAGUACCCGAGGAUUCGGUGUCGGUGCCGGAGAGCAAGCUGUGUCAAGAGUGUAAGAAGAGUGAGUGGAAAUAUAAGUGUCCGAGGUGUGAUCUUCGGUCGUGUGGAUUGGAUUGUGUUAAAGCUCACAAGGCGCGCACUGGGUGCUCGGGGAAGCGUGACCGGACGGCGUUUGUGCCACUGGCUGAAUUUUGCGACAACGUUCUUGUUUCUGAUUACAAUUUGCUAGAAGAGAUGUUGAGACAAACAGAAGCUGCGAAGCGAGCUCGUGCUCCGUUGGGUGCACCGAAGAACGAAAUGCAUCCUGCUAUGAAAUCUCUUCAACAGCAAUGUAAAAUGCGAGACACUGCGUUGGUGUAUUGGCCGCACGGCAUGAGCAAGAGGAAGAGCAACUCUACCUUUUUUGACAGAAAGCGUAAGUGUAUCUUCUGGAGGAUAGAGUGGACUUUUGAAGGCACUGAUGUUAGAAUUGUCAAUGCAAGAGUUGAUGAAAAUUCCACUUUGAAGAGUCUCAUCGAGAAGCAUUUCGAGGCUAGGGCAGACAAUGUUCCCGUUAUCACCCAACUCCGACACUUCACUCGAUGCCAUAUCACUGAGUUGAAACUUUACUUUCAGAAAGAGCCUUGCGAGGGCAACAAGAAGAUAUAUUACGAAUUGGAUAUGGAAAGCACUGUUCGUUCUCAACUAUCACACAAGACUGUGUUUGAGUUUCUCGUCAUCCAUGUAGCGUUGAGCGCAGACCCUGUCAAGUUUCCUGUUGUAAUUAGCCAACCUCCGCCACCUGCUGCACCUGCACCUCCUGUGUUUGAAGUAAACCCUGUUGAUGAAGAACCCCAGGGCAAGUUCUUUCGGGAAGAAGAUAUCGAAGAAGGAGAGUUCGUCCCCUGAAAGCUACAUUGCAGUACAAAGUUCUUCAGUUUAUCUGCUCAAAGAAGGGGGGGGGGGAUGAAUGAACUGAGAGGGAACUGAGAUAAGGUUCAAACUUUGGAUAAAUCCAAGAUUUUGAGUGUAACAUCUAUACAAUUUCCUGGAGACUGUCUUGCUAAUCGUAGUCAUCCAUGGAGCUCCGAGAUUUUUUCUAACCCAAAACUAGGCGGCUUUUGAAAUCGGUUGCUGUCUGCCAUCACUUAGAUAAUCCAAGAAAUUAUUGAGAAACUUGGACCUGCAAAUUAGAGAACCGCAUUAUUAGCAUAUUUUGACGUAGAUCAUCAGCACCCUUAGGUCUGGUAGCGUAAUUUAGGAUUCCAUUAGAUUUCAUAUAUCAGGACUAGACUGCCUGGUGACAUAUGACUUGCAAAUAAGGAAUUUGUCACCUUAGGAAAUGUGUGCAGAAUUAAGUAACGAAUGAAGUGAACAAAAUGUAGGAAAGAUGGUAAUAUGGUGGUACUGUAGACCUCUGCUUUGUUCUUGUUUAGGAGGUUUUCCCAGUUUUACCGUCAAUGCGUCAGUAUGCACAAUCUGUUUAACGGUUUGGACGUUUGGGAGCACUUGGCGCAACAAUAUUGUUACUUGCAAAGAUCAGUUAGUCAUUUGUGACUGAAAAACCUGAAUUUAUAACAAUGCAGAGUACCAUUCAAUGUUCAGUAGAACAUAUGUACAGAACAUUGACACGUA